AUGGAGUCAUAUAUGAAAAAUACUUUACCAAAAGCAACUACCUUACCACCACGAGUGGAAAAUGUUCAAAUUGAAUCGAAAAUUAUAAUGCCAAAGCUUGCUUCUAUCAUUGUUAACUGGAUGAAUAAGAAAGAAGCAGAUGCUACUCGUAGAAAGCAAGAUUCAUUAUACAAGUUUAACCUCAUUUAUCGUGGUAGCCGUGAUGGUAUUGAUAGUGAUUCAUUUAGAAGCAGAUAUAACUUACAAGCGCCAACCUUGGUUUUAGUCAAGUGUCAAGGUUCGCAAAAAAUAUUUGGUGGCUAUUCUCCAAUCGAGUUUUAUAAUUAUAAUUAUGGUGAUCGAUAUGUUCAUUCUACUGAUAGUUUUAUCUUUUCAUUUGAAAAUAAUGAGGAUACACAGAAUAUGAAAUUAAGUCGUAAAUUAUACGUAGCCAAUAAAGAGGGUUAUUAUGAAGAUAAUUUAAAGGAUGAUAGUACUUAUACAAUUGAGGAAUUCGAAGCCUUUAGAAUAAUUAAGCAAUAUUAA